AUGGCACCUCCGAACAACCCAACGGGGUUCAGCAUGAAAGCGUUUACCGAUGCAGCAACAAGCAAGCAGUGGCGGGCACGGGAUCCAUGGGCAAGACAUGAGGCAUGGCGAUACACCGGACCUUUCACGAGAUGGAAUCGAUUCAAGAGAGCAUUCCCCGGAUUUGGAAUUGCUGUGGUCGCGUUCACGGGCUAUGUUAUCUUCGAGCAAUUAUUCCUGAAAGACUCCCAUGGUCAUGGUCAUGAUGAGAGUGCAGGACACCACUAG